CUGGCUUUAGCAGCCUCAGAGAAGCCACUCUGGGACUACAUCCCUCAACAUUAAGUUGUUUUCUUCUUGUUUUCAGAGAAAACCCCAUUCCAGUUAAGCUUCAAGCAGCAUUUUCUACUAGCCAGAAAGCUUCAAGCGGCAUUUUCUACUAUGGAUUUACACCCAAAACAUAAUGAUGAUGUGGUACUGAUUAGGAAUUUCUGGUUUCUUUCAGGUUUCUAUGGAUCCUAGCAGUCCACAAUGAAGGAAGUACACCAAGUCCUUCUGUGGUUAUUCAAAACCUUGUCUAUCUAACUAACAUAGUUCUGGGAAGGAAAAGACCCAAAACCGCUCCUGGUGCCAUGCGAGGCUGCCUGUGGCGGUGCAUCAGAGUCCUGGCAUCCCUAAUCAUCCUGGGGUUCCUUCUUCGAGAGAAUAUAGCAGUGCGCGUGGAGCCGCAAUUUAACACAUUUCUGAGUGAAAAGAAGAAAAUGAUACAGCAGAUAGCUCAAGAGGAAAUCACCUCCGAAAUCAAGAACCAUUCGAAAUACUUCAUAGAGAUGCAGAAAAGUUCCAGUUCCCAUGUUCUCCAGCAUGCUACCUACACAGUUUUGGCUGGAUCCUCUCUCCAACCCAAGAGGCUGCUGACAGUGGGGAUCGUCUCAAUGCAGCGUAGUCCCAGGACUUACCUCUUGGACACCAUGACAUCUUUAUUUCAAGCUUCCUCAGAACAGGACCUGGAGUAUAUGCUGAUAUUGGUCCUCCUGUCAGACACUGACCCCAAAUGGCUCAACCAAACAGUUGCCAACAUUUCAGGUCUUUUUAUGCCUCACAUUGAGUCUGGGAGGCUGCUGGUGGUCCAUGGUCUACUUGGUGGCUCCAGAGCAGAGAGCAGAAAUCAUACCUCCCCCUGUGGAAAACUAUAUUCUAGGCAGAAAAUGAGUUCUGUCCUUCUCAUGAAUUUGGCCCGCAACCUCUCUGAGUACUUCCUGAUGCUGGGAGAUAAAGUACAUAGUGCCCCCAGGUUUCUGUCUGACAUCUUCUGGGCCUUGUCAGCUUGGAACCAGCUCCCUUGGGUGAUCCUGGACUUCUCCAGCAUGACGAUCUCUGGGAAGGUUUUUCAUACUGAGGACCUCUCCUGUCUCAUCUCCUUCUUGCUCCUCUUCCCCAAGGACAUUCCUACUCACUUGCUUCUCUCUGAGUUCAGGCUUCUCUUGUCCCAAAAUGUCCCUAUCCGUCUCAGUCCUUCCAUCUUCUACCGAAUGGACAGUAACUCUGAAUUUGAAGACACAUGCUUUCCUGCGGAGCAAAACGACGACUUGGGCAGACCAGACAACCCCGCUGCUACUGUCUUUACAGACAUGAUCUCAUUUUGGCAUACAAGUCCACAGUAUGCCUACAUUCUCAAUGAUGACUACUUCUGGGCCUUGGACCCUAUCAAAGGCAACUACUUACUGGUGGUUCUGGAUAAGCCACAAAAAGUCAUCCAGAUAGCAGUAGAGACGGGCAAUAAUGUGAAUAAGUUGAACUUACUAAAACAUGGGCAACUAUUGCUGGGCUACAGCCCCAUGGACUACCCCAAACGCUGUGCUCAAUAUACCUUGGUAGGCCCAUUGGUGAGAGGUCAGUUGGACCAGAUGGUAUUUUAUGAAGAAGAUUCUGUGAAAGAGAUUAGUUGUAUAAAAUUGCUAGUGACCGAAUCUCAUGACUACCCCAUCAAGAUCAUGCAGAUCAAAGUCUGGACAGAAGUAAAGGAAGAGGAGAACUAGAGGGUACUGUGAGACUUCUGUAAGACUGGGUCUAGGAAGGGAGAAAUAAAUCCAUCAAUGACCAA